GCAUUUACUAAUUUAUAUUGUGAGUAACUGGUAUCUGCGGAUUAAAACGUGAAAAUGAACGGAAUUGGAAAUGAACAAGUGUUGAAUGGAUAUAUGAAACCCGACCUUCAGCGUAAAAUCAACUUCAAUCCCGGACCAUCGAAGUUGCCGACGCCGGUUUUGGAAAGAGCACAAAGCGAAUUGAUGAAUUAUAAUGGCCUAGGAAUUAGCGUAUUAGAAAUGAGUCAUCGUUCAGCUGAUUUUGCUGCAAUUACAAAUGAUGCCAAAAACUCUUUAAAAACUUUACUGAACAUUCCAGACAAUUACAAAAUUCUUUUUCUUCAAGGCGGAGGUUGUGGCCAAUUUAGUGCCGUUGCAAUGAAUUUGAUCGCAAUGAAACCCACUAAGACGGCAGAUUAUAUUGUAACUGGCACAUGGUCCGCGAAAGCAGCAAAGGAGGCGGAGAAAUACGGGACUAUAAACAUCGUUCAUCCAAAGUCAGAUUCUUAUACCAAAAUUCCGCAGUGCACUUUCAAUCCGGAUGCCUCGUACGUUUACUACUGCGCCAACGAAACAGUUCAUGGUGUCGAAUUUUCAAAUGUUCCAGAAACGAACGGCGUUCCCAUUGUUACGGAUAUGUCGUCAAAUAUAUUGUCACGUCACGUAGACAUUUCCAAGUUUGGUGUUAUUUUCGCUGGGGCACAGAAGAACAUCGGCUGCGCAGGUGUCACAGUUGUCAUUAUUCGCGAAGAUCUGCUGAGUUUUGCCAUUCCUGAAUGUCCUUCCAUACUAAACUAUAAGAGUCAAGCCGACACGAAUUCCUUGUAUAACACUCCAUCUUGUUUCAGCAUCUAUAUCAUGUCGCUUGUGUUGAAGUGGGCAACUUCAGUUGGAGGUGUAUCAGUCUUGUUCAAGGAGAAUUGCAUAAAAAGCAAUCUUCUCUAUUCCACCAUCGAUAAUUCUGAAGGAUUUUAUAGUUGUCCGGUUGAAAAGAACUGUCGCAGCUCAAUGAACGUACCAUUCAGAGCCGGAGGUGAAAAUGGCGACCCGGAAAUCGAAAAGAAGUUUCUGGUGGAAGCUGAAUCGCUCGACAUGAUCGGACUGAAAGGCCACAGGACCGUCGGUGGUAUACGGGCAUCUUUAUAUAACUCUGUAAGCCAAGAGGAAACUGAAAAACUUGUCGAAUUUAUGAGAGACUUCUGUAAACGCCACAGGAAUCAAUAACUUAUUGUCAAUAAUGUAUUAUGCCAUUUUGUUAUCAGAGUGUAACAAAAUGAUUGUCACAAUUAUUUUUAAGCAACACGAUUCCAAGUCUUUGAAUCUUGCCUAAAUUCACCUGAACAACUCGCAUAGUGUUGAGCUAUUUAUUUGAAACUAUCUGUAACAGAUUGCAUUGAAUUACUAUCAUUUAACUCUGUUUAGAGCAUUUAUUAUGUUUACAAACCACUAUAUUUGAUGCGAUUUUUACGUUACAUGCAAUCCAAAUUGGUGCAAAUUUGUUGUUUAAAUGUGUAGUUCAAAUACAUCCUUGGACCAUGCGUAUUUUGCAUCGAUAGCUGCUUUUUAUGUCUGCUUUAUUGCACCUACCUCCGUUGCAGGGGGGGGCGAUUUCUUUUACUUGAUAAAUUCGUAUGUUUCGAGAAACAAUUAUACCUUACUUGGUCAAAUUUCAAAUACUGACCGAUUUAAAUCUGGAAAACCAUAUUAAUUCCAUUAACUUGAUUGUCAGUUUUGAUUUCAUUGUGAGUUUGUAUAUUAUAUUAUAUUGGUCUUUGCUUUUAUUGCUUCAAUGCUCUAUUUUAGCCACUAUAUAGUAUGUUUUUGUCUAAAUAAAUAAAUACAUUGAAAAUGUAAGUUUA